AUGUAUGGAUUACUACUGGAAAAUUUAGCAGAAUACAUAAAGCAAGUUUAUGGAGAAGAAAGAUGGGAAGAAAUACGAAGGUUGGCAUCUGUCGAACAACCGAGUUUUAGCGUUCAUCAAGUUUAUCCGGAAACACUCAUACCGAGACUCGCAAAAAAAGCCAUACAGGUACUCAACGUGUCCGAACGUGAAUUUUUCGAUCAAAUGGGAGUACAUUUCGUCGGUUUCGUCGGACAAUAUGGCUACGAUCGCGUACUUUCCGUACUCGGACGACACAUGAGAGAUUUUCUAAACGGUUUAGACAACUUACACGAAUAUUUGAAAUUUUCAUAUCCGAGAAUGAGAGCACCGUCGUUCAUAUGCGAAAACGAAACGAGACAAGGUUUGACUCUUCACUACAGGAGCAAAAGGAGAGGAUUCGUUUAUUACACAAUGGGACAAAUAAGAGAAGUAGCGAGACAUUUUUAUCACAAAGAAAUGAGAAUAGAAUUGGUGAGAGAAGAAAUACUUUUCGACACGGUUCACGUGACAUUCCAAUUGACUUUCGAUAAUAGAGCUUUCACGUUGGCAUCACUGACGAUGACGAGAGAAGAAAAACACCUUCCGAUAAGCGCAUCAGUUUUAUUUGAAAUAUUUCCAUUUUGCAUCGUUUUCGGAUCAGACAUGAUCGUAAGAAGUAUCGGAAAUUCAUUGAUGGUCAUUUUACCAGAUUUGGUAUCUAAAAAAAUAACGAAUUGGUUCGAUUUAGUAAGACCACUCAUAGCAUUUAAAUUUCAAACGAUAUUAAAUCGUACAAACAACAUUUUCGAACUCGUUACCGUCGAACCUGUAUUAACGGAAAGGCCGACGGAUAGAAAGCGAAAUUAUUUAAUAUUGAGCGACGAAUCCGACGAUUCACCAAACGAAAAACAUUUAAGGCUCAAAGGGCAAAUGGUUUACAUGGAUAAUUGGAAAAUGAUGAUGUAUUUAGGUACGCCUGUCAUGCCAGAUUUAAACGCUCUCGUCACAACCGGCCUUUAUAUAAACGAUUUGUCCAUGCACGAUUUCAGCAGAGAUUUGAUGUUGGCUGGAACGCAACAAUCCGUGGAAUUAAAAUUGGCUCUGGAUCAGGAACAAUCUAAAUCUAAAAAAUUGGAAGAAUCAAUGAGAAAACUCGACGAAGAAAUGAAAAGAACGGAUGAAUUACUUUAUCAAAUGAUACCCAAACAAGUUGCGGAUCGUUUAAGAGCUGGAGAAAAUCCAAUUGACACGUGUCAGAUAUUCAACAGCGUUUCGAUUCUUUUCUCGGAUGUGGUUUCCUUCACCGAAAUAUGUUCUCGAAUAGCACCCAUGGAGGUUGUGUCAAUGCUUAACGCCAUGUAUUCGAUAUUUGACACCCUCACGGAACGAAACAGGGUGUAUAAAGUAGAAACUAUAGGUGAUGCUUAUAUGGUCGUGUCGGGAGCUCCCGAAAAAGAACUCAAUCACGCGGAAAAAGUUUGUGACAUGGCAUUGGAUAUGGUGGAAGCGAUAACGGAUCUUAAGGAUCCUUCGACGGGUUCUCACUUGCAAAUUCGCGUUGGCAUACAUUCGGGUGCUGUGGUGGCCGGUAUCGUGGGUUUAAAAAUGCCACGUUAUUGCCUCUUCGGUGACACCGUCAACACCGCAUCGAGAAUGGAAUCCACGAGCGAAGCUAUGAAAAUUCACAUAAGUCAAUCCACGCGCGAUUUAAUUUCAAAUGUGUACGAAGUUACCGAAAGAGGAGAAAUACAGCUGAAAGGAAAAGGAGCUACAAAAACGUACUGGCUGAAUAAAAGAGAAUGCAGGACUCCUUUAAGCAGAUCCAUUGCAACGAAAGGAGUUGAAACGGAAUGGGAAAAAUCAGCAGAUUUAAGAGGAUCGAUGAUGGGUUUGGUCACGUUGGACGACGAAGACAGAAAUAGAAUCGUCAAAGGUUCGACAUUAGGUUUCAGAUUAGAACAAGAAGAAAAAAAAGGUUCUGGAAUUUCGGUAGAAAACAGGAGAGUUUAUUCUCCCGUGACUUUUCAAGACAUAGCACGGAGAUCGAUAGGAAAUUCACCCAUAAAAACGACAGUGUCUCGUUCGAAUUCUAUGGGAGCGAGUUUGCUCCCGUUACCGAUAACCGAAAUUUCGAGCAGUAGAAAAAGAGAAGACGACGAAUCAGAUAUUUACGCAAAAGAAGCAACGGAAAUAAUAAAUUCUAAAGCUAAAACAUUAGAAGCACUCGAAGCCGUUGCUUUUGCAUCAUCAACCCCUUCUACUUUGAAUUCUCCCGAACCGAACGAAACGGAAAUUGACGAAACGGAACAGCUAAAUUCGAAUCCAUAUUUAAUCAGACAAGAGCUUAACAGACUUCCACAAAUAUUAUACAAAGGUAAUUAUUAUUAUUAUUAUUAUUAUUUUGCAUAA